GCUACAGUUGUUACUGCCAUUUUCAUUCAUUCAGAGGCUUGAUAGCAGGAAGCUUCGUUCAUUUCGGGGUGCACGGGAAUGGGAACAUAGCUUUAUGCAACGUUUUCUGUUAAAAUACGCACGACCCGAAAUUAUAGCUUUUACGCGAUUUUUUACGCUGAUUUAAAAAAAGGAAACUAGUAAUUUUGUUCUGAUUCCUCCAGAGAUUGUCAAUAGGAAUGAGUAUAGAAAUUCCCGAAGGACUGACGGAGCUAUUGCAGAGCUUUACCGUGGAAGUGUUGAGGAAUCAGCCCCGAGAUCUGCUGGAGUUUGCCCUGCAGUACUUCACUCAAUUGAAGGAAAGUCAGAGCCAAGGGGUCGCUUUUGGCAAUGACCAAAAUUCGGCUAUUAGACCUGGGAAGGCAGUCAACUUUAUCGAGGAAGCCAUGCAGAUCGACUCGGAAAAUGGGGAGGAUGAAGAGGAGGAGGACGAGGAAUUCGUAGCUCCAGUGAUCAACAGAUUUGUAAGAAGAGCUUCAGUGUGCGCUGAAGCGUUCAACCCAGAUGACGACGAGGAAGACAAGGAGCCCAGGAUUACACAUCCCAAAACAGAUGAGCAGCGGCAGAGAUUGCAGGAGGCCUGCAAAGACAUCCUUCUGUUCAAAAACUUAGACGCGGAGCAGAUGUCUCAGGUGCUGGACGCCAUGUUUGAGAAGCUGGUGGAGGCCAGCGAGCACAUCAUUGACCAAGAUGACGAUGGCGACAACUUCUACGUCAUCGAAAGAGGUACUUUUGACAUCUUCGUGAAGGUUGACAGCACAGAGCGCUCCGUGGGCUCGUAUGACAACCGUGGGAGUUUUGGGGAGCUGGCUUUGAUGUACAACACUCCAAGGGCGGCCACCAUCAUUGCUACCUCACCUGGUGCUCUUUGGUGCCUGGACCGACUGACUUUCAGAAGAAUCAUUGUGAAGAAUAAUGCCAAGAAGCGGAGGAUGUACGAGGCCUUCAUUGAGACCCUUCCGUUGCUCACAUCGCUCGAACUCUCUGAGAGAAUGAAGGUGGUGGACGUGUUAUCCUCAAGAGUUUACAACGACGGGGAACAGAUCAUUGCUCAGGGAGAUUUGGCUGAUUGUUUCUACAUUGUGGAAUCUGGACAAGUUAGAAUCACGAUGAAGAGGAGCAAAUCAAAGAAAGAUGUGGAGAAUGGGGAGGUGGAUAUUGCCUUGUGCACCAGAGGGCAGUAUUUUGGAGAACUCGCUCUGGUCACUAACAAGCCUAGAGCUGCUUCAGCGUACGCCGUGGGAGAAGUCAAAUGUUUAGAAAUGGACAUCCAGGCCUUUGAGAGAUUGUUGGGCCCCUGCAUGGACAUCAUGAAGAGAAACAUUGAAAACUACGAAGAGCAGCUAGUCGCCCUGUUUGGAAGUAACACUGACAUUGAGGAUCAAAGUGCAUGAGAGCCCAACAGCAAAAACUGACUUGCAGCACGUAAGGAAAGAAAAGGAAGGUGUUUUGGGGGAAGCCGUCAACUUCUAGAUGCCAAGUGUUGCCAUGACCACUUGUAUUUUUUUACACGUAUUUAUUUAUUCUGCUUUCUGAAAUGUGUAGCUCCACAUUAACGAUAGCAGUUUAGAUAUUUUAGACAAAAUAUGUUGGUAUACUUCCAGAUUUCAUGGAAUGCUUAAUGAGUUUUCUGGGGCAUAGAUUACAUCUUGUGUGUACCUUUGCUUAGUAUAUUCUAUGAAGCUAGGCAAGGUGUUAAUCUAUUUGGUAAAUGUUUAUGUCUACUUAUUUCUUAUUCAUUUUAACAGCUUUUUUAUGCACCCAGUCCAUAAUCUUUCAGCAAAGUCAAUAAUCACACGUACUGCACACAUACUUAAUAUUAUGGCAUUAUUUAAGAUGGCUUCAGUUGAUAUCUCCUCCCAAUUUCCCUUUAUAUCUCACUUUGUCAAAACCGCUCCUUGACUUUUUGUGCUUUCGGUCCAGUCUACCCACAGUGCACUGUAUCUUAAGCACUGAGUACAGAAUUGCAGGAUGUGAAACAUUUUUUUUUCAGUUCUACAUUUUUUUAUUCCGUUUCAUGUUUGGGAUACUUGCGCAUUUGUCUUGGUAGUUGCUAAAAUGGACAAAAACUGUGUCGGAUUGGAAAAAUCAGAACAGAUUCUGAAAUUGUACAGUGAAAAGUUGAAGGCACAAAUGUGCAUUGCAGGCAGGUUGAAUCUUGACCUUAGUUCCAUGGCCUGCAUAUUAUAUCCAAUUUUGUGUGCACAGCAAUGGGGUAGAAAGAAUGGGGUGUUUUUCUGCACUUCAAAAUUUUAUUCUCGGACAAUAAAAAAGACAAAAAACAACCCCCCUCUUGUUGGUGGCACACAUGCAUACAAUUUAAGACUUGUGCCAAGUCAGACUUACCAAAAGAUGCUCGUUCUCAUUGACUCUAUGACAGUGUUACUGACUUUGUUAUUUUAAAGACUUGCCAAUUGUAGGUUAAUGUUGCGAGAAACACAAUCUUUCAAAAUUGUUAUUUCAAAUGGGAAGUGUACAUUUAUUGUUUUAUUGUAACACUUUAUAGCUUAUAGUGGCUGCUUCUUGUUUUUGUGUAAGAUGUUUGGCCCAAUGCACAAAUGUAUGUCUUAUGUAUACUUGAAUUUUGUUUUAUCUAAAGUGCUGAUCUUGACUAGAUUAUCUGUUAAGGUUGUACAUAUGUAGCUUACAACGUGUUGACUUUUAUACCCUAGAAAUCAAACAGAGAAGAUAGAAGAACAAAAUGAUUUGCUUUCUGAAAUUAAAAAUACAGCACCUCUGAAAUUAAGCAGCUGGAAGUUACUUGCUACCAGAAAUUAUGAUGCCGAUUUAAUUGCUACAGCAGCAGAUUGUGUGAGUCUAUUUUAUUCCUUUUUUUUUCUUUUUUGGACUGAUUAAAUUUUUUAACCACUCAAAAUACGGAUCAGUAUGGAUCUGUGUCACUGAUGUUGGAAUCGGUCACAUUUUCUAAUUUUGUCUCAUGACUAAUGAUUAAUAUUUCACUGUGGUUUUGUUUGAAAUGGGGAUUGUCUUUUGGUUUUGGAAUAAUGUGUUGGCAAAAAAAAAAAUAAUAAUAAUAAUUGAAUACUGCAAGAGGGGUUCAGAGUGACAGGUAAUUAUAUUCUGGCACUCGCAAACCGGGACACUUAUUUAUUCUAUGAAAAACUGGAAUUUGGCCAGUAUUUGAAGACAAGUUAUUUUGUCAACAGUAUAGAUGGCAAAUGUUUUUCUUGCUUUUGAAUCACAAAGCACCAGUCCAUCGUAUUUUUUUUGUUUGUUGUUGUUUGCCUUCUGUGCUUGCUCUUUCAAUUUGUUUGAGCUUCUACCUUUCAUCGGGUUAUUGAUGUAAUUGAGCUUUCCUAGUCUCAGUAAACCUCUAAAAAGAAGCGUAGCAGCAUUUAAUUAAACUUUUGAGGUCAGCCAUUACUUCCAAUGACAGCUUAUUGGUUUUGGGUAAAUUAUCGUCUACCUCUGCACAACAAUACCGGCAUGGUUACGUGUUCCUUCAGGAAGACCACGCCUUCCUUCCUCUUUAAGCAACAAGCAACAGUAGUUUUCAUAGUAUUUACAUGAUGGCAUACUCCCCCCCCCAUCAGUUCUGUGUCUGAAUCUGUCAUAGAGUUUAACUUGGCUUUAUAUGUUUAACAGAAAGUAAACAAAACAACAAAAGGUACAUCAACUGGUCUGUAUUAAAUCCUGUUAUAACCCUCUGGCACUAGCUUAGUGUUGGCUGUGCUGUCCAUUUCUUGUAAUGCAGUUCAAAGGUCGACAGAAUCUCAAUGCCAGAGUAUUUUCAGUAUUAUAUUGUUGGUUAUAUUUGAAUUUUCAUUACAAUAAAGUACAGUUUUAUUAAAAAA